AUGAUGAUUUAUCAACAAUUCCAAGAUUCGCAAUUCUUUGAACCAAUCUUAAUGAACCAUCAUCCCAAACCAACUCUUCUCUAUUGUACUCCUCCUCAUUCUCCAGUACCGAUGUCCAGCAAUUUAGGUCACCCAAACCGUUCAUGUGUGUCUUGUAAAAAAAGAAAAGUCAAAUGCGAUAGAAAGACUCCAUCAUGUGCAGCGUGUGUGAAAUCCAAACAUCGAUGUUAUUACACAUCUGAAGAUGAAGCCAUACGACAACAACACUGGAUCCAAACUCAAAGAAUGAAUUCUCAACCUGCUGUUGUGAAGAAUGAAUAUGACUUGGGAUCUACGAAUGGAUCUUCUUUUAACGACGACUCCUUCCUUAGUUUAAAUGUCGGCAAUCCUACUACACCAAUGACUUUAAUUUCCACUGGAUUACGUGCGAUAGAUGAUGCUUUGCAUUACUUGUCUUAUACUUGUUAA